UUAACGUUGAACCUGACCCAGUCUCAUACGUCAUCUUCAUUCAGAUUUCCUCUCCUUUUCCUACCGCCCUUCUUAUUAGAACAGAAUGCAGAGCAUUCCCGGACGAUGUUUGGGAAGGGGGGGCGCCCUUUUUCUCAGCUCUGUUGGGCUUCCCGUCGCCAGUAAGCUGCAGGUCUCGAUAUGGAGAAGUCCGGGAGCAUUCGGCGAGCGCUGAAGACAACAAUCUUCAUGGCUGCCAUGAUCGGUUCUCUGCUCUCCCUGCUGGUCUUCACGGCUCCCUUGCUUCUGGUGCUGACCGAUAUGCUCCUUCCUUCUGCACUCUUGUACACUUUCACGCCCUUCUCCUCAGUCCGUUCCGUCGCCAUCCUUCUCCGGAACUACGAUUUCCGUUCAUCCCUCGUCGACAUACCGUUGAUUUCGAUUGCCAGAUCGGUUGUGAUCACAUGUGUUUAUUCAUUGUGCGAUGGGCGUGGCCUUUCUUACGGGCCUUAUGUGGGCGUUACGGUCUUGUGUUCGUUGGUCUCUGUGAUGGUAGUUGCUCUCAAGGCGUGGGCUUUUGGUACUGCUGUGGUCGUAGAUGGAGGGAGAUUUGUCUAUUACCAUAAUCUGCAACAGCAGAAUGAGAGUCAUCAUCAUGGGCUAUGGCAGGUCAUGGGGAUGCAGGUGAUGAUGAUGUGCUCCCUAGUUUUGGCACUUGGUCAUAUUGCGGCAGCCUACAGGACCAGGCGCAAGGAGAGGAAGAAGCUCCUCUUGUAUAGAAUUGAUCCUGAAGCCGUAUUUGUUUACAAGAAUGGAAUGCUUCCUGGUGGUUAUCAUAAUACCAAGACUUCUCAUUGAGCCUUCAGACAGGGGAAGAGAGAGGAGAGCUACUGACCCUUUUCCAUUGCUCAGUUCCUUGCACAUGGAAGCCAAGCCAACUGACCUGGAGUAGGUAAACCUCUUUCCUAAUAAGAACUAUCUUGAAAUGAAUAAGCUUCACAGUUGAAUAAAAUCCAAUGGGUUUUCUGGCAAUGGUUACCUAACCUUGGCAGGCGUCAGACCAACCUCAAACAAAUUUGGAAGACCGUAAUCCAAUUCAGGCAGGGCCUGGGGGGAAUGCCAUGCACCUGGUUCUGUUAGGUCACUGAAGAACACAUGCACAUGUAUGCAUGCACGCGCACUUCUGCUAGCAUGUGUCAUAGACUAGAGUUACUGCAUAAACAUGCACAUGGCCACAUUUGACAUGCCACAUUCAGAGCAGUUAGACUUGUUUAUUUAUUUUUUUGGACAGGCAAAACCACUAGAUUAUGCCAAGAGACACGGCCCAGGUUUCGACCACUUAGUUUUUUGGUUUUCUGU